GGAGUGGGAGGGUCAGCUGGUCCUGCCAGGGGCUGCUGGGGGAGCUGGUGGAGGAGGAAGCAUGGGCAUACAGCCGGCUCCUGCUGCUGGCAGGCAGAGCCGGAGGAAGUGCCAAGGAGGAAGAUCAAGGUGUUAUCAGAGCUCAGGGCUGGCCCUGGGGAGCCCAGAUGUUCCCGGAAGUGCAGGCACGGGAAAGCGGUGAGCCUGUGUGCAGAGGGUGUGUGCCCUGGAGCCCCGCAGACGUGGCAGCUCCUGGUAGGGGCUGAGCUGGGGCAGCCAGUUCUUCUUUGCCCGCUGUCACCCUACAAUCUCCGGGGAGCCCUGUACCAGUCCCAGAUGAUGCACCAGGCUGGCCACUACCCUCCACCUCCUCUGGCUACAAACAGCUCAGCUGGGCAGGAGCCCCAGAGGCAGCUCCUGGAGAUGCUGGGUGGGGCCGGGGAACCCCCUCGAGAGGAUGGGCUGCCGCUGCUCACCAUCAUCAUUGCCAUCUUUGUCCUGCUGGCAGUGUGUAUCGUGGUGGUGGUACACUUUGGACCAAGACUCCACCAAGGCCAUGCCACUUUCCCUACAGAGCCACGAGCCCCAAAGCCAGAGGAUGGCGUCUGCCUCACUCACUGGAGGCUGCUGGAUGCCCAGGACAGUCCCAAAGAGGCCCAGCAAGGAGUUCCUGUCCUUGGCUCCAGCCCUGCUCCCAAUGGGCCCAGGCCCAGCAUGGAUGAAGUCACAUAUCUGUAGGAAAGAGCUCUGGAGAGUUAGCCUGACCUGGCUCAGGCUAACUGGACCAUGGAGUAGAGCAAAAGCAGACGAGCUGGGCGUCAGAGCUGCGGACGAACACGGUGAACUCACCUAGCGUGCCCAGUUGCCGACCGACGGGAGACAGAAAAGAAGCUCGAGGGCCCUGCCCGUGGACCUGCUGCUGUGGGCAUUCCCAGGGCCCAGCGCCACCUUUACAAAGUUCCUCCCUCCUCUCAGGACCUCCAGACCCCAACCUCCUUCCUCGAGUCCCUGGCCCCAAGCAGGACUGUCAGAGAGAGGCCUGGAAGAAGCCCUGUGAAUGACAGCCAGGAAGAACUGAGCCAGAGAACCAGUGGUCUUCUCUGAGAGUCUGAGGACCCGGGAAAGAAGGAAGAUCUGUCACCUUUCACACCGUGGGGGCAGCCCUUUGGCUGUCAGGGCCUGGGCCCAAUCCCCAAAGCCCUUGAGAAACUCAAGCACUGCUUGUAUUUCCAAGGUGCUCUUUGAAGUCCCCUCUGACUUUCUUGCAUCCCCAGGAUGUGAUGGGCGGGGUCUGAAGGCUCGUAUUACCUCCCACUUGUCUGUGUGCAGGGGCUGUUGGGACAAGCCUAGAAUCUACCAUGCAACAUUCACCAGAUCUAGAACUUUCCAGCUGGUGGGAAAACCGGAAAGGAAAAGGAGUUCUAUGGAAGCUGCUUGGCAAAGGAAGGAUGAGAGGGACAGGAAAAGUCAGGAGGGAAGGAAAAGGUCGGGAAGUGCAGGCAGGGACUGGGAAGACAAAGUCAGGCCACCUGGUGGCUCUUUGCAAAGACCUUUCUCUGAUACCUUAGAGCCCCAUUCAAGUAGUCGAGAACAUGCAGACGGGGCUGGGGGUGUAGCGCAGUGGUAGUGUCUCCCAGCGUGCACAGGGUCCCGGAUUCAAUCCCCAAAGCAGUGAAAAAGGCCUGGCAUGAGGGUACAUGCCCCAGCUCCAGGAUUCUGGAAGGCUGAAGCAGGAAGAUCGAAAGUUCGAGCCCAGCCUAAGUGACUUAGGGAGGCUAUCUCAAAAAUAAAAAAUAGAAAGGAAUUGGGGAUAUAAUUCAGUGAGAAAGCCCCGGGUUUCCAGUGCUGGGUGGCGGUGUAGGGAAAAGACACUUACGGAGGGACCUCCUGUACUUUACUCUGGAGUCCUUUGGAGGGCAACUAGUCAACCCUUGGAGGCCUCAGUGAGAGCCCAGCAGCCAGGGAGGCUGGGAGGUAGAUACUGCAGAUGGAGGGAACAGACGUGGUGGUUACAAUGUGUGCAGAAGAUACUGCAGAUGGAGGGAACAGACGUGGUGGUUACAAUGUGUGCAGAAGAUGGGUUUCCUUCAGGAGUCUGGUAAGAGGCACUUAAUUAAAAUGUUAACAGCUGCUGCCUUCUUUCUUUCCUUCUCUUUCUUUUCUUGUCCUCUUCUUUGUUUCUGUUCUUGUACUUGGAGUUAAACCAGACAGUACUGAACUACUUCCUCAGCCCUUGUCAUAUAAAGGACUUCCCUAAAUUUC